AUGACCAGUAAAGAAAGAAAUGCAAAAUUAAUGACGCGCACUUUUAUUUUAACUAUUUCGCUAUCUUUGAUAACAUCUGCUAAUGCGGUAGCAAUCAAUUCAUUUAAUGGCAAUAUAGUGGGAGAUAAUUCACUGAACAAUAAUGCUAAUCAUAAUGCUAAUCAGCAUCACGAUCGUAGUCCGACACGUAGCAGCGCAAAACCAUCAACCACUACCGAACGCGCAAAAUAUUUACCAUAUUUUAUUGUUCCUCCUUAUGGUCUACCAUUACAUAACAUAGGUGGUAUACAAUAUCCAUUCCCAUAUACCAGUCGUACUACUACUACUACUACUACGACUACUACCAGAUCACCAUAUCUUACUGAAAGAGGAUACUUAUCAUAUAUUCGGACAUAUGGUGAUAAUGCUAGUAGAUAUUUACCGUUUAUUGAUGAAAGAGGAUAUUUGUCUUUUAUCAAUGAUAACUUUGCUGGUAGACGUGGAAGUGAUAGACGAAAUAGCGGUCGUAGACAAAAUGGUGGUCGUAGACGAAAUGGUAGUCGCAGACGAAAUAAUAAUCGUAGACAAUAUGAGAGUGGUGAAAGUGAUGAAAGUGAUGAAGGAUAUUUAUCCUUGCUUAGAGGAAGAUAUGGUACUCGACCUAAUUCAAAUCCAUUAUAUCUUUAUAACUGGGGUUUUUAUACUACUAUCUAA